CAGCAGAGUUGACUUUUCUUGCUGUGAUUAUGCCGUCGACACCGUAGAGCUGAGUGCUAAAGUCCCAUCAGCAGCGAUGUCUACCUAUGUCCUGGGUGUAGACGUGGGCACCACGUCGGUAAAAGUCGUUUUAUUGGAAACUGGCUCCCGAUCGGUGGCUGCGAGUCACGCUUUGCCAACUACGUCUGAUAUAAUCGACCAUAGUUUAAUAAAGGCGAAAGAGCAGGAUACUGGCCGGAUCAUAGACACCCUGAACCGGUGCCUCGGCCUGCUGCCCAGAGACAAACUGCAGCACGUCAUCCGCAUCGGGCUGUCCGGACAGAUGCACGGAGUCUUAUUCUGGAAGGCAAAGAGCGGUUGUGAUUGGUCCAAGAGGGAUUUCUUCACAACCACAGACACCAGUCAGCUGAUCACCUGGCAGGAUGGGCGCUGCAGCAGUGACUUCCUGUCCUCACUUCCAAAACCAGAUUCACACAUGAGCGUAGCCACUGGGUUUGGCUGUGCAACGAUCUUGUGGUACAUGAGACACAGGCCUGAGUUCCUUGAGGAUUUCACAGUCGCAGGUACCAUCCAGGACUAUGUGGUUGCCAUGCUGUGUGGUUUGGAUGGGUGUGUGAUGACGCCGCAGAAUGCAACCAGCUGGGGCUUCUUCAACACCUCCUCCAACCAGUGGAACAUAGACAUUCUGAAGGGUGCCGGCUUCCCUUUGCACCUGCUUCCUCAGUGUGUGCCAUCUGGUGGCUUGGCGGGACAGACGUGCUCGGACUGGCAUGGUGUCCCUGCUGGUACGCCAGUAGGGGCCGCCCUGGGAGACCUCCAGAGCUCGGUCUACUCCUGCAUGCGUGCACAGACAGAUGCAGUUCUUAACAUAAGCACUUCAGCCCAGCUGACCUUCGCCAUGCCAGCUGACUUCAAACCUCCCGAUUCUCCUCAGCCUGCCGCCUCCAUCUCCUACUUCCCCUACUUUGAGGACUCGUACUUGGCGGUGGCGGCUUCACUCAACGGAGGGAAUGUACUGGCCACUUUUGUGGAGAUGCUCACUUCCUGGAUGAAAGAGCUCGGCGCGGAGAUGAGGGAUUCCUGCUUAUAUGAGAAGCUGAUUCAUAGCGCCCUGACUCAGGAAACCAGCGACCUGAGGGUGAGUCCCACCCUCCUGGGAGAGAGGCACGACCCUCUCUGCCUGGGUCAGGUGACCAACAUCUCCCCUACCAAUCUCUCUCUGGGUCAUUUGACCAGGGCACUGUGCCGCGGAGUCCUGGACAACAUCACGUCCAUGAUGCCUGCUGAACGUCUGCAGCGGGCGGGGGUCUGCAGGAUUGUGGGCAGUGGGAGCGCCAUCGCCCGCAACGAGGUGCUGAGGCAGGAGGUGGAGAAGGCCUUUCCUCUGCCGGUGGUGUACGGACAAAACGCGGACUCUGCUGUCGGCGUGGCCAUGGUCCUCUGUGACCUUCUGUGAAAAGAAUCCACGGGGGAAUCCCUGUCUGUUUACACGAUUAAUUGAGAAUUUUGCACAUUGCAGUACUUAUGUAAUGGCAUCGCUUUGUAUAACCCUCAUGUUGUCCUCGUGUUGUCCUCAUGUUCCUCAUGUCCUAUAUCAGUGUUCUUUUUAAUUCCCCAAAAUAACAUGAUUGAUUCCACACUCUCAACGCUCUUUAG